ACGCGGUGCUGCGCGGCGCCGCCCGGGAAGCGCCGGUGGCCGUGGCGGGCUUGGGGCGAGCGUCGGGCCCGCCGGCUCCUGGGCCGCGGGGCAUCAGCGCCGGGGCCGGAGGUGCCGCUGCAGCUCGCAGCCCCCCAGGCCUGGGGAGGGAAGUGACCCUGCGGGGGGCCGUGUGCGCGUUGUGCUUUUUCUCCCGGCUGCUGGAAGCUCCUCUGCCUCCCGGCCGGUCUCGUGGUUCCUUUCUGCCCGCGGAAUCCGGCCUUGCGUUUCGGCGGUGCGGUUGUUUCUUCCUUUACUCCGUUUCCUGCUCGGUCGCUGCCUGUGUCCCGCUCGUCCCUCCUGGCCGAGUGCUCUCCACUCUGCCAUCCACUCCGGCCCCUCUCCUGCCUCCCCCGGGGACCGGGCCGCUCCCUCCCGUCCCCGCUUCUGUCCCGGGCCGGCCUCCCUCCCGCUCAGGUGGCAUUUCCUGAAACCACAGAAAGUUCUCUUUGCCUUUGGACUGCGUGGUGAAUUGCAGCAUCUCGCCCUCCCUUUCUGCAAAGUCAAGCCCAGAAGAAAAGUCACCGUGACCAGUUUCAGAGCCCCUUCAGGUCCCAAAGAGCAGGACAGAGGACUCUCCCCAGCCAGAACACUCCUUAGGGUAGAGGACGAGGAUUUGUGUCUGAAGCAGAGGGUGACCUGAGCUGCUCUGCCCCUGAAUCCAUUAUGGAACAGAUCAAUGGGCCUCUUCAGAUGGAGCAUGCAUUGCUGUUCACCUUCCUGGAGGUAUCCUCUGACUGCAAGUUCAAAGACCAGCUGCAUUGCCUGCAAAGCCAGCAGAUCAUGUUGUACCAAGGAAGCGAUGACGAUGAGCUUCAGACCGAUGGCAAUCGGAGCGGCCACUUCCGGAAUGGUGAGCUAGGGUUGGCUCCAGCAAAUGAAGAGGUUAUCCGGAUCAUUGCUGCUCAGCUCGCUGAGAUUGGAGAUCAGUUUGAUAGGGAAAUCCAAGAAAGAGUAGUAAAUGGCCUAGUGCAGCACUUCAUGAAUGAGAAUCUGUCUAAUGAGGAGAUAACCCGGCAGAUGUCCAGGGCAGUGAGAGAGCUUAUACGAGCCAUCCCCUCAGACAUGGAUCAGGAGAAGGCCAUGCUGGUGCUAGCAAUGGUCUUGACGAAGAAAAUUGUGAAUACAGUGCCCGCCCUUCUACGCCGUGUCUUUAACACCACUGUGAACUACAUGAACCAGCAGUUCCACAACUACAUUGUUGAAAUGCUGGGUGAGUGAGCUCUCCAGGCCUGCGUGGGGCAUGUAACCCGCUGAAGAGUUUCCUAAAUGAAUGAAGAGGAUUUGGUUUACUCUUAACUUCUGAAAUGCAGCUGUGAAAGGGAUGGCAGAGCUUCAUAGAUAGGCUUUUGUAGACUAGCACAGCAGUAAUAGUAGUGUGAGCUGCCUGCCAGCUCUGCCAGUACCUGUAGGGAGUAGUGCUUGCCUCUCUCCUUUCACAAUAUUUCUUAAUUUAGCAGCAGCAGCUUUUGUGCAGAGCCCGCCUUGUGCCUCCACAGGCUCUGUGUUUUUUCUAAGCAGCUGUCCCAUUUUGCUUUAUUCACUUCCCAGCCCUGCUCCUGCAGCUGAGCCAUGCUGAAUGUUGUUCCCAGGAAGGCCUCAGGCUGUGGAAUGGGUGGUUCAUCAGCGGGGUGGGCCGGAAUUGGGUUUAUCUUGAUGAGAAGCUGUCAGCAAGAAGGAACAGAGCCCUGAGGGAAAUGGUGGGGUGUGCCCAGAGAAGUGUGACACGAGGACACUUCAGUAUCAAUCACCAUCCACCUGUGUUUGCUUGAAAAAUAAAACUGACAGAAAAAAAUGUAAAGAAAAGAGCGGGGUAGGGCACAAGGAAAGUUUUUUGAGAAUGCAACCUGAAUAUGCUUAAGAAAAAGUAGCAUAUCUUGUAGUUACAUCUCAGGCUGAACAAACUUGGACUCAGGUUGUUUGAUACACAGCCAGACAAGGUGGCAAAUGAGUCGCCUUGAUCCAGCUGCCUCAGGACUUUUCCAAGUAUGUAAAUAUUUUGUAGGGUUUUUUAACUUAAAUAAAAAUCUCACUUCUCGUGGCUACUACA